AUGACCACCACAUCAGCCCCUACCAAUGGAAACCCUGCCAACGCCCCCGCCACCCCGUUCCCGAAGCCGACUCAACCCCUUCCCGAAGAGUUCGGUGCGCCGUUGGAGGAUUCUUUGGACCAUAUUGUGUCCAAUUCUAAAGCGGUCAAGGGGUCGCACAAAGACCAGCUUGCUCCUUCCGAGAUUAGGCAGGAUGCUGUUCAUUCGCAUGGGGCUGCCGCGAAGAAAUGGGUCGCCAAGUUCUUCCCAUCUGAGGAAACCCUCGAUCAUCUUUUCGCAGCGCAGCACAUGGGCAAUUAUGUGAUUGACAGGGUAUCCGGAAAGAAGAUCUUUGAAACCAUGCCCAUCUAUGUGCGCAUUGGCAUGCAUCUGUUGUUUGUUUCUGGUAAUAGUUACAUGUCCUACAAGUCCGUUGAAAAGCUUCUGCAAGACAAGUCUAUCAAGCAGGGACAGACCUACGACCAAACCGGACCUGAUGUCCGGGAACACAUCGAGGCAUUCAUUGAGACCUAUGAACUGCCAUUGAAUGAGUUGUUGGUACAAGACCUCGACCAGUAUCCCACGUUCAAUUCGUUCUUCUCUCGCCGACUUGUUCCCACAGCCCGCCCCAUAACGGCCCUUCACGAUCCCACGAUCGUCAUCUCUCCUGCAGACUGCCGAGUCACAGUGUAUGAGACAGUCGACCUGGCGAAACAAUUCUGGAUCAAGGGCAAACAAUUCAAUAUCCCCUCGCUCCUCCUGGGCGACGAAGCUGAGCAGACAAACGGCAAGGCGUCUUUGAUAAUUUCCAGGUUGGCCCCGGCUGAUUACCACCGCUUCCAUUCGCCGGUCGAAGGCACAAUCGUGGGUAUCAAAGACAUCGAAGGGGAGCUGUACACCGUCAAUCCUCAAGCUAUCAACGAAGAUCUCAACGUGUUCACCCUCAAUAAAAGAUCUGUUUUGAUUAUCAACGCCAACCUCGGUCCGGGACGUGAAACAGUCCCUGUCGCUUUUGUAGCUAUCGGCGCCAUGCUCGUAGGCAGUAUCGGAUGGUCCAAGACUCCUGGACAGAAGGUUGCUAAAGGCGAAGAAUUGGGCUGGUUCCAGUAUGGCGGUUCUACUACCAUUUGCGUCUUCCCAAGUCGGGCGGGAUUGGAGUUUGAUGCGGAUUUGAAGGAGAACAGUUUGAAGCAGAUGGAGACGCUCGUCCAGGUGGGAAUGGAGGUUGGUAAGGUAGGACCAUUCGUCCCGACAGGUGCAGCGAAAGUGUAG